UGUGGCACAGGGAGGAUGUUUUUUCUGGAAGCCGCUGUUGCUCUGGUCAGAGACCUGGGGUGUGGUGAGCAGCAUCUGCCUUCUCUCUGCAGCCUGAACCUCAACACCAGCCAUGGGCGUAUUCUGCUGGAUUACUCCAAGAACCUGGUGACGGAGAAUGUGAUGCAGAUGCUGGUGAACCUGGCCAAGUCCAGGGGCGUGGAGGCUGCCCGGGAGCGUAUGUUCAGUGGCGAGAAGAUUAACUUCACUGAGGACCGGGCAGUGCUGCACGUGGCCCUGCGGAACCGGUCCAACAUGCCCAUUUUGGUGGAUGGCAAGGACGUGAUGCCAGAAGUGAACAGGGUCCUGGAGAAGAUGAAGUCUUUCUGCCAGCGUGUCCGGAGCGGAGACUGGAAGGGCUACACAGGCAAGAGCAUCACGGACAUCAUCAACAUCGGCAUCGGCGGCUCGGACCUGGGGCCCCUCAUGGUGACCGAAGCCCUCAAGCCAUACUCCGCGGGAGGCCCCCGGGUCUGGUUUGUCUCCAACAUUGACGGGACCCACAUUGCCAAGACUCUGACUGCCUUGAACCCCGAGACCUCCCUGUUCAUCAUCGCCUCCAAGACCUUUACCACCCAGGAGACCAUCACAAACGCGGAGACUGCCAAGGAGUGGUUUCUCCUGUCUGCCAAGGAUCCCUCUGCAGUUUCGAAGCACUUUAUUGCCCUGUCCACCAACACGAGUAAAGUGAAGGAGUUUGGAAUUGACCCACAAAACAUGUUCGAGUUCUGGGAUUGGGUAGGCGGGCGCUACUCGCUGUGGUCAGCCAUUGGACUCUCCAUUGCACUGCAUGUGGGAUUUGACAACUUUGAGCAGCUGCUCUCGGGGGCCCACUGGAUGGAUAACCAUUUCCUCACGACGCCCCUGGAGAAGAAUGCCCCCGUCCUUCUGGCUCUGCUGGGUGUCUGGUACAUCAACUGUUUUGGGUCCGAGACUCACGCCAUGCUGCCCUAUGACCAGUACAUGCAUCGCUUUGCUGCCUACUUCCAGCAGGGUGACAUGGAGUCCAACGGGAAGUACGUCACCAAGUCUGGCACCCGCGUAGACCACCAGACAGGCCCCAUUGUGUGGGGGGAGCCAGGGACCAAUGGCCAGCACGCCUUCUACCAGCUCAUCCACCAAGGCACCAAGAUGAUACCCUGUGACUUCCUCAUCCCGGUCCAGACCCAGCACCCAAUAAGGAAGGGUUUGCAUCACAAGAUCCUUCUGGCCAACUUCUUGGCCCAGACUGAGGCCCUAAUGAGAGGGAAGACAACGGAUGAGGCCCGGAAGGAGCUGCAGGCCGCAGGAAAGAGUCCUGUGGAGGUAGAGAAGCUGUUGCCACACAAGAUCUUUGAAGGAAACCGCCCCACCAACUCCAUUGUGUUCACCAAGCUCACGCCAUUCAUCCUGGGAGCCCUGAUCGCCAUGUACGAACACAAGAUCUUCAUUCAGGGUAUCAUCUGGGACAUCAACAGCUUUGACCAGUGGGGAGUGGAGCUGGGGAAGCAGCUGGCUAAGAAAAUUGAGCCUGAGCUUGACAGCAGCAGCCCCGUCACCUCUCACGAUUGCUCCACCAAUGGGCUGAUCAACUUCAUCAAGCAGGAGCGCGAGUCCAGAAGCCUGUAAGCGCCUGCUCCCCGCAGCCCGUCGUGACUCAUGCUUCCUGUCCUUCUCAGCAGUCCGCGCUGGCCGCUGGCUUGGACCACCAGCCCUCUGGGCGUGCCGGUCUGGAACAGCCAUCCUCACCCCGCCUCUGUGUUCACUGCCCUCUGUGUUCUAAUUGACUGGAGUGUUUCAGUGCAACUGACCUGUGUUCACAUUGUUCCUGUACCAGGUAGAAAAAUAAAGAUGCCAUCAAGGAG